AUGGCGUCUUUCAUGGUGGUAUGCCGCUCGAGGACGCCGCUCUCUUCUUCGUCUUCCGACGUCAUCAAGCUCUCUCCCUUGGAUAGAGUCCUAGCUGGCGUCAGAACUCUGAGCACUUCCUCGGCAAUCCUCAAUGAAUUCCACCGCCCGCCACCAUCUCACUCCGAGCCUAGGGUUUUCCAUGGCGAGAGGGUUACUGAUCAAGUUCCCCGCUGGGAUAAUAGAGUACCUCCGCCGCCGCAGCAACAGAACCCUCCGCCGCAGCAACAGCAAGGCAACCAUCACCAGUGGCACCACCCUCAGCAAAAUCCUCCGACACAGAUGGGGGCAGGGCAGGGGAAUUUUCAGGGCAACUUUCCGAAUCAAAGGCUGAAUUCCAACCAGGGGUUUCCCAGUAGAGGAUACCCUAAUCCUAAUACUAAUGCUAAUCCAGAUCAGGGAUACCCUAAUCGUGGAUUCAACCAGCCGCAACAUCCACCUCCUCAAGGAGGCCCUGGCCACUGGAAUUCUCCAGGUGGUCAGAGCUACCCUCAGCACCAUAAUCCCCCCGCCCAGGUGAAUCAUAAUGUCCAGAACUACGGCCAACGUGGAGCUCCAAAUCAGUGGGAUAACCAAGUUCAAGUGCAGCAUCCCCAACCCAGAAAUUUCGAAGCUGAGCCUGUUAUUCCAGUGGCUUCAUUAGCCGAUUUGUUGCGUUUGUGCCAGGAAGGGAAGGUCAAGGAAGCAAUCGAGUUGAUGGAUAGAGGCCUUCGAGCUGAUUACGCUUGUUUCGAUUCUCUAUUUGGGUUGUGUAGCAAACUCGAGGAUGCCAAGAAAGUGCACGACUACCUUCUGCAAUCGACUUGCAGGGGUGAUCUCAGGUUGAACAAUAAGGUGAUUGAGAUGUAUGGCAGAUGCGAGAGCAUGACUGAUGCUCGUAGGGUGUUUGAUCACAUGCCAAAAAGAAACAUGGAUACCUGGUACCUAAUGAUCCAUGGUUAUGCAAACAAUAGCUUGGGAGAUGAAGGCUUGCAACUGUUUGAGCAGAUGAGGAAGCUAGAUCUGAAACCCACUGAGGAAACGUUCCUCGCUGUAUUAUCAGCCUGUGGAAGUGCAGAUGCUGUGGAUGAGGCGUUCAUCCAUUUCAAGUCGAUGAAGAACGAUUUUGGGAUCGAUCAACAAAUGGAACACUAUGUUGGGAUGAUUGAUGUACUUGGCAAAUGUGGGUUUCUCAAUGAAAUCGAGCAGUAUAUUGAGAAACUGCCCUUUGAUCCCUCUGUAGAAAUCUGGGAGAAAUACAUGAACUAUGCUCGAAUCCACGGAGAUGUGGAUCUUGAAGAUCGCCUCGAAGAACUGAUUGUUUCAAUGGAUCCUUCCAAGGCAGCGGCUAAAAAGAUACCUACACCACCUCCAGUGAAGCGUACUGCAGUCAGCAUGCUGGAAGGGAAGAGUAGAAUAGCAGAGUACCGUUAUCCUGCUCUUUACAAGGAUGAUCCUAAACUCAAGGAACUGAUGGAGUUGAAGAACUCGGGUUAUGUCCCAGAUACCAGAUACGUUCUUCAUGACAUUGAUCAAGAGGCGAAAGAGCAAGCUUUGUUAUACCACAGCGAGAGGUUGGCCAUUGCUUAUGGACUCAUCAGCACUCUGGCGAGGACGACACUGAGGAUCAUAAAGAACCUCCGGAUCUGCGGUGACUGUCACAAUGCCAUCAAGAUUAUGUCCAGGAUCGUAGGGAGGGAGUUGAUCGUUAGGGAUAAUAAGAGGUUUCACCACUUCAGGGAUGGCAAGUGCUCUUGUGGAGACUACUGGUGA